AUGAAGCCUUCCAAAACGAGUAUCCCGAUUAUUGGAGUAGGAAGUGUGCCUUCAGGAUCAACGAAGGGUGCUGUUGACAUCACUUUACGAUCUAAUCAUUCUGAAGACCAGAUUGAGCUUCAUGCGCACGUACUGCAGUCUCUUACCGUCGAACUGCCUCCAGUCGUCAUCGCCAGUCAAUCCUGGAAUCAUAUCUCUGAUUUGGAACUAGCAGAUCCAGAUCAUCUAUCACCAGGUCGAAUUGACGUCCUCAUUGGAGCUGACUUUUAUGGCUUAAUCAUUAAGCCUGGCGUAAUCACUGGAAAACCAGGUCAGCCUAUCGCCAUUCAGACUGUCUUUGGAUGGGCAGUUCUAGGACCUGCUGGUCCAUCUUCUAGCACCUCGCCUGCACAUCAAGGUCACCUAAUCUCAAACCUGCAGCUUCACGAACUCGUCUCGAAAUUCUGGGAGCAGGAAGAAGUUCCAGCGUCUCACCAAGAAUCUCUUAGUGCUGAAGAAGCCGAGUGUGAAGCACACUUCAUCGCCACUCACUCUCGCGACAGCUCAGGUCGCUACAUCGUGCGAUUGCCCUUCAAACCCAAUGCUCCUCCGCUUGGAUACUCGAAAGGCAUUGCACAACGUUCGCUAUCUCGCAUUCUCAAUCGCAUCGCCCAACAACCAAAUCUUCAUCGACUGUACACAGAGUUUCUCACCGAGUACGAGUCCCUGGGUCACAUGGAGAAAGUUCAACCGUCAACUGCUUCAGACGUUGUCUAUUACCUCCCUCAUCACGGAGUGAUGCGCAAUAACAAAAUUCGUGUGGUGUUCAAUGGCUCUAGUAAGACAACAUCAGGCUAUUCGCUCAACGAACUGCUUCAUGUCGGUCCCAAGACUCAGAAUGACAUCUUCGACGUGCUGUUGUAUGUCCGUCGCCAUCGCCUCAUCUUCACAACUGACGUAGAAAAGAUGUUUCGCCAAAUUCUCAUACAUCCUGAUGAUCGCAAGUUCCAACGCAUCUUAUGGAUUGAUAAUAACUCACAGAGCCAAGAGUUCGAACUUACCACAGUUACAUACGGAACUACAUCAGCUCCUUACUUAUCAGGCCGCACCCUGAGACAACUACUGCUAGACGAAGGUCACGACUUUCCUUUAGCUGCUGAACCGAUCGAAAGGGGAAGUUAUGUCGACGACAUUACUGGCGGUGCUGAUGAUCUCGACUCUCUCAAUGCUAUCGCAAAACAAGUUGAAGAAAUGUGUCUACGAGGAUGCUUCCCUUUGGCAAAGUGGAAGAGCAAUCAUCCUGAUUUCUUCAAAAUUAAUCUAUCUUAUCAACCAGGUUCAGAGUAUCAUGAAUUUAACGAGUCAUCCUCCAAGAUUCUGGGUCUAGCCUGGCAGUGUGCGCCAGAUCUGCUCAAGUUCACUGGUCAGUCCUCACAAAAGGCAGCUAUCACCAAACGCACCAUCUUAUCCGAAACAGCUCAACUGUUUGAUCCUCUGGGCUUGAUCUCGCCAGUCAUCGUCCGCGCCAAAAUCUUAAUGCAAGAUUUAUGGCAACAAAAGGUCGGAUGGGAUGAUACUCUCACGCCGCAAAUCAUUCACCGCUGGACGUCGUUUCGCGAUGAGCUAUCUCAGCUAUCUCAACUAGCAAUUCCUCGGUGGCUCAAUCUACUCACUGAUAGCUCGGAAGUCGAGAUACAUGGGUUUUCAGAUGCCUCUCAAGCUGCAAUGGCUGCUGCUGUUUACCUCAAAGUAACGACUUCUAACGGCUCAUCAACAGUAACUUUAGUCUGUUCAAAGACUCGAGUUGCACCUCUUCAUCGUCUCACAAUUCCACGGUUGGAAUUAUCAGCUGCUUUGCUGUUAUCAAAACUAGUCUCUCGUGUUCAGUCAACUCUCCAGCUCCAACAUGUUCCUGUUUCAUUGUGGACUGACUCCGCUGUGACUCUGGCCUGGAUUAACAGUGAUCCAAUGCGCUGGAAAGAGUUCGUAAAGAACCGAGUUCAAGAGAUUCAGCAAACCUCGCCAAACGCCACCUGGAGAUUUGUCUCAGGAAAACAAAAUCCUGCAGAUUGUGCUUCUCGAGGUCUAACACCUGCUCAACUCAUCAACCAAAAACUCUGGUGGUCUGGACCCGACUGGUUAGCCCAACAGAGUCAUCUUUGGCCAUCUUUCACGGCAUCAGAUGAUCAACUUGCUGACAUCGAGAUUCGCCCUAGCACAGUGCACGCAUCUUCAAGUACCAAGCUGCCGUUUGAUGUCCUAUUCUACGAAGACAGACCUCUCACAAAGCUGUUACGUGUCACAGCCACGAUUCAGCGAGCAGUGGCGUGUUUCAAGAGAGUUCCUGCGUCCAGCUUGAGCUCUUCACCUCUAAACCCUGCUGAUCUUCAAUUUGCUUUUGACGUUCUGGAUCAAAUCCACGCAGCAAAUCUACUUCGCCAGUGA